UGUCGUUACCCUGAUUGUUUGUACAAGGUCACUUGGUGGCCCACUGUCACAUGGAAACUUCUAAGAACCUAACACCAGAUGUUCAAAGAGCAUCAAAGAUAUUACGUCAGGUUGAAUUCUACCUAAGUGAAGGAAAUCUAAAUCGGGAUAGCUUCUUCAGACAAGAAAUGGAUAAACGAGAAGAUAGCGGUAUACCAAUCGCCUUACUUUUAAAAUGUAAUCGUUUGAUUGCAAUGAAUGUUACUGAGGAUAUACUUAGAAAAGUUGUGGAAUCCUCUAAAAUCUUAAAAGUUUCCGAUGAUGGUACAGCCAUUGUCCGAGUGUUACCGUUAGCAGAGUUGGGACCUCGUGAAAAGAGAACGAUCUUGGUUACUGAACUGCCACGUUCACCUGUUGGAAUAGGUAUGAACGGUGAUGAGGAUAACAGUUCACAGAAGAAUUUGGAAUCAGACGAUGCAAACAAUGCAAACAAUCUAAGCUGGGAAUAUACUGACUGGAUUCGGAAUACUUUUGAAGAAUUCGGUGAAGUUCUUUAUGUCAGUCUACCUCGCUAUCAUAAUUCUGAUUCAUUUCGUGGAUUUGCAUUUGUUGAAUUUAAAACAUCUAAAUCUGCCAGGAAAGCUGUUAAACACAUAAAUUCUACAAUUGAAAAUGAACAAUGGCUUGUAAAGCCAACAGAAGCGUCUGAAUCAUCGGAAUGUCCUACAUCUGCAUGGAAACCACGACUUGCAGCUAAAGCUUCCUUUUCAUUUGAGCAAAUGCUUGCUAGACGAUAUGUUUGGCGUUGUUGUUCCCGAAAGAAUAAACAGCUGAUAGCAGCUUUCAAACAUUUGCGUCAAGCUGGAUACACAGCUGUUAAUCCAUGCGAUAAAGAAUAUUAUUCCAUUAUACUCGGAGAUAGUUCUACAGAAUCUAUAUUAAAUUAUGUCAGAGAUAAUAAUAGUCAUAGUGAACCGUCUCGGUCGAAACUACGCGUUUUUCGUUAUGCCGAUUGGAUAUUUUGGAAAGAGAAAUUCUACUUAUGGCAACAAGCCUGGAUUGCAAGAAUGCGUCGUAAAACGAGUGAAUUAUUCCAGGGAAAUGAUCACAUGAAUAAUGAUCAUGAUGAAAGUAUGGAAGAGAAAGAAGUAUCUUGUGAUGCAGCAGUAGGAGCAGUAGUAGAUGCUGAAAUAUCCGAAUCUUCACUCCAGACCCAAACAUUGUCUAAGCCGAAAUCACUUCCAAAAGAUUAUGUCCUCAAGUCGGUUGUACAGAUAUACUGGCCAUCAAAUUUAGUAUCGACUGGGCAUAAAACACAGGAGACAUUCAAUGAUACCUUAUGUGACGAUUCAUUAUUAGCCCCGAAACGAUUAUCUUUUGCUCGAUGUUUACGUGUUAGCCUCGAGAAGAAUCUUCUUGUCCCAAAUGAUCUCUUACGCUUUGUUGCUCAUGUUGAUCCCAGUCCUGAUCAAAGUUUACUAGACAGUGUCAAUCAGUUUGGUUCUUGUAUCUGUAUCAAUCCUAAUGUAAAUGCAUCAUCAUCAUCACCGUCAGAUAAUGAUGAAUUAUAUCCUCUGUUCAUUCGUAUGAAAAGUGCUGAAGCUGCAGAGAAAUUACUUCAAUGUCUUCAUUCUUCAAAGUUACAGGGAGUAGUGAUGACACGUAUUCUAGAAGGUCCUAGUGAACAAGCUUAUUGUGAAAGUAUUGUCAAAUCGAAAGUUACCGCCGCCGAACGACAUCGAAUUUCACAGGCGAAAAAACGUCAAAAACAAAAGUCACAACAAAAUAAGCCGCCUACACUGGUGUCUUCUACAUUUUGCACACCUUUGAUUAAAAAUGACUCAAAGCAUAUUAUAUUUGAUGAAUGA